AUGGCGGAUAGUAUUCAAGAUGAUGAUGAAAUGAAUAUGGAAAAUCAUAUGGAGAAGAUUCGAUUAGCUGUCUCUAGUUAUGAAAUUGACCAAUUUUCAAAUAAAUUACAAAGAAAUAUGAUGGAAAGAAGACAACAUUUUGAUGUUAAAGAUCGUAUAAAUAUUAAAAAUACAAUAGAUUUUAUGAAAAGAAAUAUACCAAUUGAUGAGACUUUACCAUUAGAUAGAAAACUCCAUGCAUUUGCUACUGCCAAUAAUUUUGAAAUAAAAUAUAAUGAAAAUGAAAUUUAUUUAUCAUCCUCUGAUUUUAUAAUGUCAAUAACUUGUCAAAAUGAAAUUGUUGAAAAGGUUACCAUUACAUGGUUUCGUUGUCAAGGUACUGGAAUGAUGGAAGGAACAAAUAUAAAAAAAUUGAUAAAUGAAAAUAAAUUUCGUAUUUUAUCUCAAAAAUUAAAAAUUUACUCACGAACAAUUGAUUCAUCCUUUAAAAUUGAUGAAAAAGAAAAAAUUUUUAAUGUUUUACUUCAAGAAGAUGAGGAGUAUUCAAAUUUAUCUAGUAGUGAUUCUAAUUCAGGUCCUAUUGGGAAAUUUUUUAAAAGAACAGAUCUAGAACCUUCUUUUUUUAGUAUAUUUUGUGAUAGACUUCUUUUAUUUCAACAAAAUUCUAUCAAUGAUCAUACAUUUAAAUGUUAUAUUAAUAUUAUAUCUGAAGAUACUCAUCCAAUAUUUAUUGAAGGAACAAAUAUUAAGUAUGCUUAUAUGUUAAGAUUUUCAAAACCUUUAUUAAUUUUUGAAGGAUUUGCAAAAGAAUUAAUGGCUCGUUCUUGUCGAGAUGUGUUAGGAUCAUUGAAAGCAGAUAUAUUUACACAAAUACUUGGUAUAACAAAAAGAAAAAAGAAUUUAGUUACCAAUGAAAAGUUUCAACCAACAGUUAAGUAUCUUGUUGGCGAUGAAUUAAUUUAUCGUAACAAAGAUUUUGUUAUUGAAGGUGUAUCUUUUACAAAUCGAAAUAAUUUAAUUUUUGUUGUUGAAAUAGUUAGAGUUCAACUUUUUAUAAAUCAUCUUAUCGAGUCAAUUAAAAGAGAUACAUUCUUGGAGCAGUUUGUCUCAUCAAAAAGCACACAUGAUGUACUUCUUAGUCAACCAAGGCAUAAUACUCUUGAGUUUACACUAUACACACCAAAUGGUAUGAAACUUUUGCUACAAAUUAAAGUGGUAACAAUGAAAGAUAUUCUUGUUGAUGGAUACUUUGCAAAUGGGGAUAUUUUAGGUUCGGAUAUUGUAUCAGUUUUUUUAAAUGUUCUUGUAGAAUCUUGGUCUAUUCCAUUAUCAAUUCUAGCAUUAAUGAAGAAAUUGGGUUUUGAUAGUAAAUAUAAUUGUAAUAUUAAUUGUUUAAAAAAACAAUCUUCUUCUGAAUUAAGUAAAGUUGGUAACGCUUGGCAUUAUUUUUUAAAAUUCACCAAAAAAUGGCGAAAAAAGAAAUUAAAAAAAAAGAAAUAUAAUAUUUCUAAUUUAUUUAUUGACAAUCCUGUAUUAUUAAACGGAAAAGCCGUUGAUAUACUAGGAACGUUAGUACCUAUUCAGAGUGAUAUUGAUAUGACAUAUUUUAAACCUAAGCAAACUUUUUAUUCUCCCUAUCCACCAAAUGUUAAUAAUGGCCAAAGGAUAUUAUUUAAUAAGAAUAUUCAAAAACAAAAUAUAGUUGUUGAUAUAUUGCCAAAUAAGCCUAAGAGUGAUCUGGAAGCAAUGGCUGAGAUAGGACAAAAUUUAUCAAAAGAUAACAGUAACUCUUCACAGCGAGGAGUUGUAACUAAGUAUUCUGACAAUGUUAUAAAAACUCCCACAGUUAUUGGAAAAUACCCAGUUCAAAAUGAUAAUUCACAGUUUGUUUCCCCUUUAAAUAGUGGAAAUGUUCAGAGCUAUCAGCAAAAUUUGUCGGUAAAAAAUAUAGUUCCUAGUUCUUCGGUAAACUCUUCUAAUCAAAAUGUUACUCAUACUAAGCAUAAAAAAUCUAAAAAUAAAAAAUCUGACUUUACUGAAGGUGUCUUCAAAGUUCCUAAUAUCAAUAUUUUGCCUACAUCUUCUGUUACUCAACAAUCGUUUUCUGAUGAGACUGAGGUGAAGAAAAACAAGAAAGAUCCGGCAAGUAAAAAAUCGAAAAAAGUUAAAAAAAAUAUAUUGUCGGAAACGUUGGCUUCAGUAACUCAUCAACAAGAUUCAUUAAAAGUUACCUUUUCGCGUUUACCUUUAGAAAGUCAUUCUAACAAAGUAGUUGAUGAUGCUUCAUUGAGUACUAUUAUGAAACCAUCUCCAACAUUUUCUAAAAGUGAUUUUAAAAUUAAGCAUGAAAAUGUACCAGAUGAAAAAAUUAUUACAGUAGAGAAGAAUAAAGAUUUACUUGAAACAGGAAAAGCAAAGAACAAACUUAAGAAAAUGCUUGAAAAUUCAAAUCAAUCAGUAAAGGGGAAAUUAAGUAAAAGCUCAAAUGAUAUAAUUUGUGAAGUAGAAAUUGAUAAACCAAUAAAACAAGAAGCUGUUAUUAGUUCACCAACUAUAAGUAUGCCUACUACAACAGGAACUAGUGAACCACCAGUAAAUUCAGAAUUAAAAAUUAAAAUUAAACGACCAAAGAUUACUAUUAAAAAUUUGGAACCACCGAAACCACGGGAAAUACCGGAGAUUAAAGAAAUAAAAGAGGAGGCAAUCACAAAAAUUGUUGACUUACCAUCAUCUUCACCAAAAGUCAAAGAACAAACCAUUAGAAAAGGUGGAGUUAUUCUUAGUAAAAGUAAAAGUACAAAUGAUGCUAGAGAAAAAAAAUCAAACAAAAGGAAGGCAAAUGAUCAUACACCUUCACCGAGAUCAAAAUCUAGUAAAAAAGAAAAGUUGGAUUUAAAUCCACCAUCUUUAGUAGAACAAGCACCAGCUGAUACUUUUAACGCAAUUGGAAAAAAGAAUGCAUUUGAUUUGUUGAAGAAUUUUAGAAUUCCUAAAUUAGAAGGUAAAGAAGAGAAGCCUGUUGAAAAACCUAUUGAUAAAAAUGAAAAAAUUGACAAGGUAGAAAAAAUAGAAAAAGUAAAAGACAAACCAGAUAAAAACAAAGAUGUUAAAUUUAAAGAACGUCAUAAAGAACGUGAUCGAGAAAGAGAACGUGAAAAGGAAAGAGAUCGAUGUCGUGAUAAAUACAAUAAAGAACGUGAAUCUUCUAAAAGGCGGUCAUUAAGUCCAGCAAAUAGAGAAAAUUAUACUCCAUCAAUUAAAACUUCAAAUGAAAAAACUACGACAACAACUUCUACUGCAGAUAUAACAAAAUUAGUUGGUUUUAUACCAUUAGCUGCAAUAAAGCCAUCAACACAUACAUCUUUAUCUCAAAACAGACACUCAUCUAGAAGUCAUUCAAAUUCAUCAGAUCAUUAUAGAACCGGAAAUUAUUCAUCACAUUCAAGAAAAUCUUCAGUUAAUGACAAUCAUCAUUCAUCUUCACGUUCCCAUCAUAAUUCUUCAUCCUCGUCUUCACAUAAUCACCGAUCAUCAUCGAAAUCUUCUAUACUUUCAAAAUCACCAUUAACAUCUCCAACUUCAACUAGUUCAGGAUCUAAAUGGGUAAAGAUGAGUCAACCUGUUCAACAACCUUAUCAGAUUCAAACAAAAAUUAUUGACCAAAGAAUGAGAAAUGAACAACAAGGUAAACAAGUAUUAUUUACAAGAGAACCUUCUCCUUGUGAUUUAACUAUUGAUGAAUCAGAUAAUUAA